CCGGGAAUCUCCAGUCCAGCUCACUCAGCUUUUGCUUGCGACAUCUGCGAUUGCUGUAUCGUCAAUCAACUCACAAUGUUUUCAUCACGCCUCUUUCGCCCAGCGGCGCAGCUCUCACAGCAUGUUCGACGAUAUGCCUCCGAAGCACCAAAGAGUGGGGGAAGCAAUGGACUUCUUCUCGGCGCAGUCGGCGCUGCGGCACUAGGAGGAGGAUACUAUGCCUUCGCGGGAACAAAAGAUCCUGUGACAGUGGCGAAGGAGAACACCGCGCCGGCUUAUGAGAAUAAGACCCCAGCACAAGGAGGGCCUCCAGACAAGGUCUUCAUCGGUGGAGACCAGGGCUUCAUCAGCCUGAAACUGGACAAGGUCGAGGAGAUCAACCACAACACCAAGAAGUUCAUCUUUGCCUUCGACAACCCAGACGCUGUCAGCGGACUGCCAGUAACCAGCGCUCUGAUCACCAAAUACAAGGGACCAGAGGAUGAGAAGCCAACAAUUAGGCCUUACACCCCAGUCAGCGACGAGGGCGAACGCGGGCACAUGGAUUUGAUUGUGAAGAAGUACCAGGGUGGACCGAUGUCAACACAUCUCCACAACAUGGAACCUGGGCAGAGACUCGAGAUCAAGGGCCCAAUUCCAAAGUACCCAUGGGAGACAAACAAGCACGACCACGUUGCACUCAUCGCUGGUGGUACCGGUGUCACACCCAUGUACCAGCUCGCACGAGGAAUUUUCAAGAACCCACAGGACAAGACGAAAGUCACACUUGUUUUCGGCAACGUGACGGAGGAGGAUAUCCUCCUGAAGAAGGAGUUCGAACAGCUGGAGCAAGAGUUCCCUCAACGAUUCCGCGCCUUCUACGUGCUGGACAAGCCUCCUCAGGGAUGGAAGCAGGGCAAAGGAUUCAUCACCAAGGACCUGCUCAAGACUGUUCUGCCAGCACCAAGCGAAGAGAACGUCAAGGUGUUUGUCUGCGGUCCUCCUGGUCUGUACAAGGCAAUUUCCGGGCCAAAGAAGAGCCCGCAAGAUCAGGGUGAGCUUGCUGGUAUCUUGAAGGAGCUCGGUUACGCGAAGGAGCAAGUCUUCAAGUUCUAAACGAAAACUUGACGCGGAGCGAAUGGACAAUGUACAGAUAGAUAGAGCUUCAUGGCAUACUAUUUUUCAACCUGUCAAUUGUGCACAGUCUCUGCUCGGUCCGCAAUGCAGUGUCUGAACC